GUCAGUUUAGAAAUCCUCUGCAAAUUUCUUUCCUCCAGAUGUUUUAAGGUGAAUCCUGGCAGCAGUAGAAGUUGAUCACUAGGUCGGUGUCGCUUUAAGAGUCGGAGCUCUUGUGUAAGUUCACUGACGCACAGGGGCAGGACCUGAUGACAGAAGAAGAAAAAAAAACGCCUGAUCUCAUAUUGGUUCCUGUUGAGUCCGUGUGAAGGCGUUUCUGCGCUUCACCGAGCUCGUGGUGCGCUUUGAGCCGGAGAGGAACCCGCACUCAGCCGGUGUGCCGCCGGCUUGCUUUAAAGAACCCCUUCGUGACUUUCCUACAGCAGCUGUGACUGUAAAAGCUCUCCUUUACGUGAGGGACCAAGAGAUCUUCCAGUCUAUACUAACUUUUCCCCCCUCAUUUCAGGUUCUUUCAUCUAGAUUUUACCUGGCGCACAAUACACGCGAUGCGCGCCGCGCUCCAGUAAAUCACAUCCCGGGGAUCCGCUCGGGACUCAAGUCUCAUCUUUGGGGACACUUUGGGACAGCUCGAAUUUUGACUCCUGUCCUCUUUUCCCCCCGGAACAUGCUGCAGAAUGGAAAAUCCAAAGACGAGGAGCCUGAAAUGGAAAGCCAGAGCAAGAGCGAAAGCGCGGUGACCAAACCGGAGAAGGAGCGCGACUCCACGCAAUUCCCCAUGCCCAAUCCGAACCAUGGUGCUGGCUUCCCGAAACUGGAGAUCAAGCGCAACGCCGUGACGGACGACUACAAGAUCUCCACUCAGGUUCUCGGGCUGGGAAUCAACGGCAAAGUACUGGAGUGUUUUAACAAGAAAACCGGGGAGAAAUGCGCCCUGAAGAUUCUCUACGACAGCCCGAAAGCUCGCCGCGAGGUGGAGUUGCACUGGCGUGUCUCCAGCGGGCCGCACAUAGUGCGUAUCCUGAGCCUCUAUGAAAACAUGCAUCAUGGGAAAAAGUGCCUGCUCAUUAUCAUGGAAUGUAUGGAAGGAGGAGAGCUCUUCAGUAGGAUUCAAGCCAGAGGAGACCAAGCCUUUACUGAAAGAGAGGGCUCUGAGAUCAUGCGGGACAUCGGCACUGCCAUCGACUACCUGCACAACAUGAACAUCGCACACAGAGACAUCAAGCCGGAGAACCUGCUGUACAACAGCAAAACAUCCAACUGCGUCCUCAAACUCACCGACUUCGGCUUUGCGAAGGAAACCACGCUGCACAACCCUCUGCAGACACCGUGCUACACCCCGUACUACGUGGCUCCUGAGGUUCUCGGUCCGGAGAAAUAUGACAAAUCGUGCGACAUGUGGUCUCUGGGUGUGAUCAUGUACAUCCUGUUGUGCGGCUUCCCGCCGUUUUAUUCCAACACGGGUCAGGCGAUUUCCCCCGGCAUGAAGCGGCGAAUCCGCAUGGGCCAGUACGAGUUUCCUAAGCCCGAGUGGGCCGAAGUGUCAGAGGAAGCCAAGCAGUUGAUUAACCAGCUGCUGAAGACAGACCCUAAUGAGAGGAUGACCAUCUCACAGUUCAUGAACCAUCCCUGGAUCAAUUCCAUGGUGGUUCCCCCAACGCCUCUGCACACCACACGGGUCCUCACUGAGGAACGAGAGCAGUGGGACGAAGUGAAGGAGGAGAUGACAAGUGCACUUGCCACCAUGCGUGUGGACUACGACCAGGUGAAGAUUAAAGACCUGGACACAUCCAGUAACCCGCUGCUCAACAAGAGAAGGAAGAAAGCUGCAGCGGCGGGCGGAAAAGGCGGCGGCACCGUCUGCAACAGCCAAUGAGGCGCGAGGAGAGACCGGGACAAAAAGAGGACAAAUGCAGAGAAUUAUAGACGCGUGAAGCACGGAGUGGUAGAGGAGGAAGUAAAAGUGAGGACAGAAUGAGGGCACUGUAACCAGCACAUCUCUCUCAAACACAGACACACACACAGGCACACACACAUGUACACACACACACACACACACACACACACACACAGUCACUCAAGUGAGAUGAUUUUUUAUACAGAUCUGUUGCUUAUAUAUAUUAUUUUUACAGAAUCUGUAAAACACAUUAUUCAGUCGUACGUCUGUGCUUUUUUACAGAUGUAUGUGUUUCAGACGUGAGUGUGUGUGUGUGUGUGUGUGUGUGUGUGUGUGUGUGUGUGUGUGUGUGUGUGUGUUCCGUGCAGCCAUAUGGUUUGAGUAUAAUACAGAAGAUUUGCCGAGACACUACACAACAAGGGCACACUGCCAGUGCGGAGAAGUGAAGUUUAUCCUUCCUCCUCACUGCCUCCUCUACUCAGACAUAACGAUGAAGACCGACUCUAUGAGAACACACUGUGUGUGUGUGUGUGUGUGUGUGUGUGUGUGUGUGUGUGUACUGAAUCCUCAUCAUCUUCAUGGCACAGGAUGCUCUGUUCGGAUUUUGUCGUUCCCUUUUAGAAAUUUCGAUUUCUUUUUCGUUGUGUGUUUUUAUCAAGACAUGUCAACAUUUUAUCAACAUUUUAGCAAAAAUGACAGAAAGAUGUUUUUUUGUGACGUUUGACAUUUUGGAGUCUUUUAUUAUGAAUUUGAUGAACAGGAUUUGCCAGAGAGCAGCCACUGUAUUUAAAACAACGUUGUUUUAUUAAAAAAUGAUAAUAAUUCA